GAAAGCUGAUAUCGAGUCUUAUGGUGUUUAUCCAAACCCACAACAUUUUAUAUAUCGGAAAAUAGUUUGUUUUCUAUAUUCCCAAAACCUAUGCAUAUAUAUAGUGCCGUGCUUUCUCAUUUCGCAAAAUCAGCUCAGAGCGGGAAUCGGAACAAAUAUUCAGAACUUGCAAGGGCAGCUUCUGGUCUGGUCAUGAGAGAUUCGUUUUUCUGCUAUCCUUGAGAAGACGUGACGAGUUUUUAAGGCGGAACGAUACGGUAGACACUCAAGAUUUUUCCGUAAUAAAUUAUAAGAUUUUUAGAGCGGAAGCAUAAGUAGAGGCGUGGGAGCUAAACGCGACACAUGUCUGUACUGCUCCAUUCGGACAUGAAAUUUGCAAGAACAAGUAACAGGAAAGCGCGUGAGAGAGACUAAUUCAUAGUCUCCGCCUCACAGCAAUAGGUUAAUACGGGCUGUCAGCCUAAGGAUUUAUUCAGGCUACAAGCUUUGGAACUUGUUCUUGAACUAGUACAGAAAUAGACUAGUCAGGCAAGCUUUAAUCCUCUUUUGAGAAUCUGCUACAAGAAGGCAUCCUGGCUAGUCUACUGGACUUGUUUGUUAAAAUGCAGCCGUCGUCAUUGCUAGGCACCGCUGCCGGGCAGAGCAUGAGCAGCGGUACAGCUUGUUUAAGCAGCAGCAGUCCAGUAGGUUUUCAAGACCAACAGCCAAUGCAAAUAACCAGCCAACAACAGCAACAGCAACAACAGCAGCAGCAACAGCAACAACAGCAACAGCAACAACAGCAGCAGCAUUUUCCUUCACAAUUCGAACAACCGAACCAACCCCAGAUGGAUGAUUUUAUUGAGCAAAUGUUCUCAAUUCCCUCCUGGGCCGAUGUUGGAAGUGGAAAAGCCCCAUGGGAAUACAAUGGUGCCUCAGCCAACAAUAACACUCAGAAUAACCAGAAAUUAUUCACCAUGUCGCUGCUGCCUAACGAGGAUCAUGCCAGGGAAAAUCUUCAAUUUUCAUCAUAUGAUGAAUCCAUCUUGGCUUCCAGGCUAAGGCAGCAUCAACUGGGCGGCAAUAAUUCUGUCAGGCUUAAUGAAACCAAUACAUCUCCUGGUCGAUCCAUGGUUUUGCAGCUGAGUACAGGAGAUCCAACCCAUCUUCUGGCUUCCAUGGCCAAUUCCUCCCGAGGUACCGCGGUGAUGACGAGGUCGCCCAGCUCUGGAGGAAGCGAUGGGGGAAUGCUCCCUCUCCCGCUCAGCCUUGGCCAAGGAAAACAGGAGGAAAUUGAAGCAACUUUCAAGUCUGCAAAUAAUGCACGGGACUCGAACCCGGGAUUGUUCGCACCAUUUGUAGGAUCAACUCGGCCUGUUCGACCUGCAGCACCAAACUUCCAUCCCCAGCCCGGACAAGUGCCAAUGCAAAGCUAUGGUGGCAUGCCUCAACAUCAGCACCAACACCAGCACCCACCUCCAAAUGCAGUUGGAGCUACACCAGCUCGCCCUCGUGUAAGGGCACGGCGGGGUCAAGCUACCGAUCCUCACAGUAUUGCAGAACGAUUACGAAGGGAAAGAAUAGCAGAAAGAAUGAAGGCCCUGCAAGAGCUGGUUCCAAACUCCAAUAAGACAGACAAGGCCUCGAUGUUAGAUGACAUAAUCGAUUAUGUAAAAUUCCUUCAACUGCAAGUGAAGGUAUUAAGCAUGAGCAGGCUAGGAGGUGCAGGAGCAGUUGCUCCACUUGUAGCUGAUAUUCCCGCUGAGGGAUCUAACAACCCACAAGUGGGAAGGACAAAUGGAAGCCAAAGCUCUUCACAAGAUGGGCUGGCUUUGACGGAACGCCAAGUGGCAAAGCUAAUGGAAGAAGACAUGGGAACUGCCAUGCAAUACCUUCAGCAAAAAGGUCUAUGUCUCAUGCCCAUAUCAUUAGCCAGUGCCAUAUCCAGCUCUGGUUCAAGGUCUCAGUCAGCUGUAACAAAUCCUAGUUCACUUCAAGGAUUAUUAGCAUCCAAUGCCUCAGAGAGGCAGCUUCUAGAACCUGCAAACUCAGCAUUAUCUGCUUCAUCUAUGAGCAUUCAACCAGCCAUCAGUUCACCAGGCAGUGGAAUAACUGAAGCUGAUAACAACAAUGGUAAGAAUGGAACAAGGAAUCCCAAGGAUUCAAGAGAAGCUAAUUCCAUUGCAAAAUCUAAUGGAAUAGGACCCAACCUUUCAAAGAAAGAGGAAUAGCUAACACCGCACCUCCCAAAGGAAUGUGUACAAUUAUUCAAUCAAAUGUUUAGUUUGCAUGAAAUUGUUUAAGCAUAGGAGAAUAAUAUUCACAUGCUUCAACAAUUUCUAUCAAAUGGCCAUUCUUAAAAUCUGUUCUAAACUUGGGCUAUAUUUUGUUUUCCUAUGACGAAAAGUAAGUCUAAAAGUAAGUCUAUUAAAAUAAGGCAUUCGCUCUAUUUGGUGCCUUAUUUACAUAGACUUCUAUAUAUAACAAUUAUGUAUUGUUGACCCAAAGCCGUUUUUAUUCACUAAAUAUGUUAUAUGGAAGAUUACAAGCCAUGACAAAACCCCUCCUUUGGAUU